AUGGCGCCCAAGAUCUUCCUAACCGGUGUCACUGGCUUCAUCGGAGGCGCUGCCUUUGCCAAGAUUUACGAGAAACACCCAGAUUACGAAUACAAACUCUUCGUCCGUAGCGAGGAGCGUGCCAAGGCUGUUUCUCAGAAGUAUCCCGACGUCAAGUUCGUGUAUGGCGACCUCAAUAGCACCGAUGUGAUCGAGAAGGCGGCUGCUGAGGCCGACAUUGUCAUCCACACGGCAGAAUCAGCAGACACCGUAUCUGCUGCCGAGGCAAUCGCAAAGGGCCUCGCCGCUGGCCAUACAGCAGACAAGCCAGGAUACUGGAUCCAUCUGUCGGGUACUGGUAUCCUGACCUGGUACGACUUUGAUAACAAGCGUUUUGGCGAGGGACCUCUGCCCGAGCAAAAGUACAAUGAUAUUAACGACAUCGACCGCCUCCUGACCCUACCAGAAUCGGCCAUCCACAGAGACGUCGACAAGAUUGUCCAGGGUGCCAACUCGGACGCCGUCAAGACCCUCAUCAUAGCACCUCCAACCAUCUAUGGAACAGGCGGCGGACCCGUCAACAAGCGCAGCAUCCAGGUCCCAAACCUCGCCAACGCGAGCCUUCAACUAGGCUACGCACCCGUCAUCGGGGCCGGCAAGACGGAGUGGGACAACGUCAACAUCAACGACCUCGCAGACCUGUUUAGCAGAUUCGUCGACGCAACACAGGACCCAUCCAAGCGGAGCAACCCCGAGAUCUUUGGCCGCCACGCCUACUACUUCGCCCGGGGCGGCCAGCACGUGUGGGCCGACAUCGCGGCUUGGAUCGCCGACGAGGCGAGGCGUCAGGGGUACGCCCCGGACCUCAAGACAAAGUCGGUGCCGCUCGAGGUGGUGUCCAAGCUCGGGCUGGUGUCGGCCGAGUCGUGGGGCGCCAACUCCAAGGGCGAGGCCGAGAGGGCCAAGAAGUAUCUGGGGUGGGAGCCCAAGGGGGUGCCGCUCAAGGAGACAAUUGCAGAGGCUGUGGCGCUCGAGGCAAAGAAGCUGGGCUUGACGGCCAAGUAG